AUGCCUGUGAAUACAAGAGAAUUAAUAGACGCAGUAUCAAUUAUUGCUGAAAAUCAAAACAUUCGAGUGACUGUAACGUCUAGUUUUAAAGCGUCAUGCAUAGUAGCUGGAACAACUUUUGUUGGAAGUGUGGUUCUUGGUCCUUUGGGAAUUCCAAUCGGUGCUACAUGUGGUGGAUUGUAUGCUUAUAGCCAAGCAAGAGGCACAUUUAGAUCCGCAGCAGUAAUCAUUAGAGAUGAGUUGACUGAGGAACAAAAAGACGCAUUGUGUCAACAUAUUGUUGAUGCAUUCAACGAAGUUCGUCCAGAGGAAAUUGCUUUGUUGAUUCCACUACUUAUGGCUCCUGGACAGUUUCAAACACUCGCUAUGACAAAAGUUGUCAGUUACCUUCGAGAUGAAUUGAACAUGCGUGUUGCUAAUUGA